AUGGAUGAAACAAAGUUGAACAUGAUGAAGGACAAUAGGUGGUCACUCCAUGGCAUGACAGCUCUUGUCACUGGAGCCACCCGAGGCAUAGGGCAUGCCAUUGUUGAAGAAUUGGCAGAAUUUGGGGCAGCUGUUCAUAUAUGUUCCCGAAACCAAGAUGAUAUUGAUAAAUGUUUACAAGAGUGGAAAGGCAAGGGACUCACUGUGACAGGUUCAGUAUGUGAUUUACAAUGUUCUGAGCAACGUAAAAGACUCAUGGAAAUGGUUGGCUCCAUCUUUGUCGGAAAGCUUAAUAUUUUAGUGAACAAUGCUGCGACAACUAUAUCCAAGAAAAUAAUCGAUUACACUGGAGAAGAUAUAUCAACCAUAAUGGGUACCAAUUUUGAGUCCGUUUAUCAUUUGACUCAACUUGCACACCCACUUCUAAAAGAAUCUGGGAAUGGGAGCAUAGUGUUUAUUUCCUCCAUUGCAAGUUUAAAAGCUAUUCCUGUUUUAUCUGUUUAUGCAGCCUCUAAAGGAGCAAUGAAUCAAUUCACCAAAAGCUUAGCAAUGGAAUGGGCAAAGGAUAAUAUUCGUGCAAAUGCUGUAGCACCUGGACCUGUUAUGACUAAACUUUUAGAGUCUAUCAUGAACUCUUCGGGAGGGGAUGAGUCAGUGGAUGGUGUUGUGUCUCAAACAUUUGUUGGUCGCAUGGGAGAUCCUAAAGAGAUAUCAGCCUUAGUUGCUUUUCUUUGUCUUCCGGCUGCAUCAUACAUCACUGGACAGGUUAUAUGUGCAGACGGCGGUUUCUCAGCGUAG